AGUGCUCUGCAUGCUUCACUUCACUAUAAAUUGAAGUGUUUCCCGAUUGAAAAUGUAGUACCCAAGAAAACAUGAAGAGUUUCCUUUGUUGUGAUGUGGCUAUGGAGGGCCAAAAGCCUUAUCUUGCAAUGCUUUUCAUUCAGUUUGUGUAUGCAGGCAUGGCCCUGUUCUCCAAGGCAGCAAUUGCUAAAGGGAUGAACCCUUAUGUGUUUGUUGUUUAUAGACAAGCUUUUGCCUCACUUGCCUUGGCUCCUAUUGCUUUCUUCUUCGAAAGAAAGAAGGAUGCUCCCUUAUCUUACAACUUGCUCUGCAAAAUCUUCUUCAUUUCACUUUGUGGGAUUACCCUCAGUUUGAACCUCUACUACGUCGCUAUCAACUACACUUCUGCAACAUUUGCUGCGGCCACCACUAACCUAAUUCCUGCCAUCACUUUCAUAAUGGCUGCUUUAUUGAGGAUGGAAAGCAUUACCGUAAAGCAUUUGCACGGAAUGGCCAAGGUGCUGGGCGCUACUGUAGGUGUUUGUGGGGCGCUUGUGUUUGCUUUUGUCAAGGGGCCUCCUAUAAAGUUGUACUGGUAUUCAAGAACUGAAAAGUCAAGUUCAAACUCAUCGAUUCUGGGUUCCUCGGGAGUGGAAUGGAUAAAAGGCUCUCUUUUCAUGCUCUUAGCCAACUCUGCUUGGUCUUUGUGGCUUGUUUUGCAGGGUCCCAUUAUUAAACAGUAUCAAGCGAAACUACGGCUUACUGCUCUACAAUGCUUCUUUAGCUGCUUGCAGUCUACAGUUGUAGCCAUUGCAGUGGAGAGGCAUCCAUCAGCAUGGAAAAUUGGAUGGGAUAUCCAUCUUCUCUCAGUGGCAUACUGUGGAAUAAUCGUUACAGGAAUUACAUAUUGGCUUCAAGUUUGGGCUAUAGAGAAGAAAGGCCCAGUUUUCACGUCAAUGUUCACUCCAUUGGCACUUAUUAUUACAGCAAUCAUCUCUGCAUUUCUGUGGAAAGAGAGCCUAUAUUGUGGAAGUAUUGGUGGGGCUAUUUUGCUGGUGGGGGGCCUCUAUAGCGUCUUGUGGGGGAAGAACAAAGAGGAUAGCAAAAGUGAAAUGGACAAGCAAAGGCAAGUGACCAAAGAGGAAGUCAUAUUGGAGUGCAUUACACACGACUGAGUGAUGGAAUGAGGUCGUGUCCAAUAAUGGCUUUAAUAUAUAAAAGGUGCGCACUCCCACAAGGAGAGUUUCUGGUCAAGACAUUAUCACAAUUGGAGCUUCCUUUUGACUCAAACUUUUGAAGCUAUUUAACUUUAUUCUUUUCCACUUUGUUUCUUUUAAGUUUGUAUAAAAGUUUUAAUAGAAUGAUCAUGUUGUAACCUUGGUUCUUAAUCUCUUAUGAGAAACU